AUGGAAUGGUCGAGUCCAAAGAGUGUUACUGAAGUAAGAAGUUUCUUAGGCUUAGCAGGCUAUUAUAGGAAGUUUUUGGAAAAUUUUUCCAAAAUUGCCCGGCCGUUGUUUGAGUUGCUUAAAAAGGGAGUUCGGUUUCAAUGGGGCGAGAAGCAUAGUAAAUCACUAGAAGAGCUUAAGAGGAGACUUACGACUGCACUUGUGUUGACCAUGCCCGACUGUGUGAAAGCAUUUGAGGUAUAUUACUUUGAAGUUGACAUAUAUUAUCAUCCUGGGAAAGCAAACAAAGUGGCAGAUGCAGUGAGUAGAAGGCCGACGAUAUCUGUAAAUGCUAUAAUGACGAAGGUGAAAUUUGAAAAGCAGAAAAGUUCUGGACUACUUCAACCACUAGAAAUUCCUGAAUGA